CCGCAGUCGGUCGAUUGUUUAAUUGUCCAUUAAUUAAGGAAACAAUUGGACGCGGGCGUGUCGAAGGAUAGCGGAAGGACGUGCAUUUAAAUAUCACAAUGUUCAACGUCCACGAGCCGCUGUUGCGCGUUGUUGUUGUCGGGUUCUCCACAGCGCCGCCACGUGGCUUGCACGUGCAGAAGGCAGCGCACCACAACCACCACCCCCCCAACUCGACCUGCCUCGCUCCAAAUGUAUAGCGUAAGAAAUAAUUAAUUAAAUAAAGAGACUUCCUCCACAACUCCCACCCCGACCCCACCUCGAACGGCAAAUGGGACGAGUCACGGAGCUCAGUAGGGAAGUGGUGGUGGUAGUGUUGGUUGGUGGUGGUGGAUAGGACCCCGAGUAGGCGUCACGGACGCGGGCAAGAGAACAUUUUGUGCAAGUCUGACGCGUGGAGCCUUAACGCGAAUGUGACACUCGGAGGGUGGUGGGUGGUGUGGGUGGGGGCAGCUUAGGUGUGCAACUUUGCGACAAAAAAGUGAGCGGCAACGAUACGCGUUUGAUACGUAGGCAGCACACAAUGUGGUGACAAAAGGCAGCAGGAUAGGAGGGGCGCAAAGGUGCCGCGCGACUUGGGUUUAGGCGGCACUCAAGCGCAGGUGUUGCUGUGUGUGGGCGCAGGUGAGCGACAGCACCGCAGCGCGGGAGUGGGAGUAGGAGGUCGUCACGGGUAUUGUAAAUCCAGGAGAGACGUUGCCCGGCAAAGCUUCGUGAACUACCCGAAGGGUGCGAUUCCCGAGUGAGCUGACUGGCUUGAACUACGCGAGUGUGGACCGAGCGUUAUGGGUCCGUAUCCUCGCCCGCCGCUGACGGAGCGGCCAGGUGCGGUCAACGCAGGCGUGGUGGUGACUGCUGGCUGCGAAGACUCGGAGUGUACGGGGGGAGGGCAUCAUCAUCAUCCCCACGCCGUCUUUCGAAAAAACCUCUUCAGCGCGGCCAAGGCAGGGAACCUGCCUCUGUGCCAGGAGAUCGUGGAGUUGGAGGGCAUCGCGAGCCUCUCUCGGCGCGAUGCAGCGGGCCACACGGCCGCUCACUGGGCGGCCUUGGGGGGCCACGUCGCCGUGCUGCGGUACUUCGCCGAGUACGGCGGCGGCGCCGGCGACUCGGCCCUCGCGGUGAACGCCCCGAGCGACGCAGAGCCGGGCUCGCGGCCCAUCCACUGGGCGGCCACCAACGGGCACGUGGCGGCCAUGGAGGCGCUGCUGGUGGCCGGCGUGCCGAUCGACGAGCCGGACCAGCGCGGGUGCACGCCGCUCGUGGUGGCGGCGCAGUUCGGGCAGACGACGCUCGCCGGCUACCUGCUGGGGCGCGGCGCGGCGCUGCAAGCCUGCGACACGGAGGGAGACAAUGCGCUGCACUGGGCGGCGUUCAAAGGGCACUGCGAGCUCACCCGCCUGCUCACCUACUCGGGCUUCAACCCCCGGCAGACGGACAAGUUCCAACAGACCCCGCUUCACCUCGCCGUGCUCAGCGGGGACCUACUCACCGUCAAGCUGCUCUGCGAGCAGGACGAGGUGGAGCUGAACGUCUUGGAUGCGAAUGGGAACACGCCGCUUGCGCUGGCCCAGGGCCGCAAGUACGGUGACAUCGUGGCCUACCUCACCAAGGCGACCGCGCGUUCGCGCAGCCUGCUACAGUGCUGCGACCUCAGGAGCCUGGUGCUGGGGCCUCCCGGGAAGUCGAAGGCCCCCGUGAUGUUCUUCUACUGCACGCUGCUGCUGUGGGGUUACCCCACGUACGUCCUCCACGUGCUGCCCCUGACGCUGCUGGAGAUGAAGGCCGUGAACGUGACGUUCGUAACGGGGAACCUGGUCAUGUGGUACUUCUUCCUGCGUGCGUCACUCUCUGAUCCCGGGUUCCUCCCGCAGAACAACCCCGACUACGACCACGCCAUCAAGCAGAUGGCGCGGUACGCGGACUGCGAGCACGCGGCGUCGGCGCUCAGCCGGCUGUGCCACACGUGCCGCCUGGUGCGCCCGCUGCGCUCCAAGCACUGCCGCGUGGCCAACCGCUGCGUGGAUCACUUCGACCACUACUGCCCCUACGUGUACAACACGGUCGGCUUCCGCAACAGGUUUCACUUCUUGGGCUUCCUGGCGACCAUGUCGCUCAACUGCUGGCUGGGCGUGCACAUGACGUGGUCGGUGCUGUCCUGGUAUGGCCGCGACCUCCUCCUCUUCGCCGGUCUCCUCUUCCUCUGCGUCUUCGGCACCAUCUCUGGCGGCAUGACCAUCGUCUGUCUGUACAUGGCGGGCACGAACACGACGACCAACGAGCGGAUCAACGGCAUGCGCUACGACUACAUGAAGGAUGAGCACGGCCGCUUCUUCAACCCCUUCGACCGUGGCGUCGUCGCCAACCUCCUGGAGUUCGUGGGGGCCGUGCGGCCGCUGGGGGAGGCCGAGCUGCAGCGGCGUCGGCGUCGUCGCGACGGCGGAGUCUCGCUCGUGUGAGCGACGGCCGCGGUGACGACGCCGCGGUCGUCGCCUCUCUCGCCGCCUCCGCACGGACGCCGGAGGAGC